CGCGCAACCAGCUUGGCUGCCAAGGGCGGAGCAGCUCUCUGCGCACUAGCAAACUUCACGCUGAGUAGAAGAAGACGAUAGAAGUGCAUGGCCAUCCCAACAGACGUCUCAAGCAUCAGGAGGUGGCAGCACUGAGCGAGAAAGAGGAGAUAGGAAGCUUUUAUCCUUGUCUCCGUUUGCCAUCGGAGUCUGUCAGCGAAAAACCUGUUUCGUUUAACAAUUCCAUAGAACUUCUUUGGGAUAUACCGCAUGCUACCCAACCCGUUACUAUACCCGAGUACUAGUAGCUCAGCACAAUGACAACACCCCACGAUGGCGACUCAUCGCGGCAGCAGUACGAUGAUCUGAGGGUCGUUCAUUCCUCGUCUUCCCAAUCUUCCUCUCAUCAUCGUCGUCGAUUGCACGCGCACCAUCGAAGCAGACACAUGGAGAAGAAUCCCCGUAGUUUCCGACCUCAACACUUGCGUCGAGAUGACGAUGAUGAAGAGAAGAAGAGUGACAGCAGUGGACAUGACUUUGUUAUACGACAACCGCAACACUUGAUGAAUGACGACAAUUGUCAAUACUACAGAAUAGUCUACCGAGGGGUAGUGGCACUGCUCUCACAGCCAGAGCCAGGGUCUUUGCGGAGUGGUUGUUAUCUGAGUUAUGGGGAAGUUAUCAAGAGUGGAAGACGAAUACCAACGGAACAAGACGUUACAGCAAUACGGGUCGACGAAGUACUCACUGGAGGGUAUGCCUUUGAUCCUCCAGACCCAUCCAACUGCCACAAUUCGCAAUCCAAUCACUCGGAAACACCCAAGCGAUCCAAUGUUAUCCACGGAUAUGCUACCACAACUGCUCUAUCAUCUGAUCCAUCUUCUCCCUCGGUUACCAUUGCUAUAUCACACUCUUCCUCUUCGGAUAAUGACGAUCACGAUAGCUGCAAUACCCCCCUCGAUCCCUCCACACUGGAAGCCACCAGUGACCCAAUAAUACGAUGUCAGCAUGAAGGCGUCAACCACCAAGGAUUCGUCUUUUCACACAACCACAAAAACAAGUCACCCAUUGUACAACCACUCACAAGACCUCCCAAAUGCGAACAUGGACGGUUCUUUUACAAAAUCGUGUCGACAACCCCUCUGCCGAUACUCUCCGGACCCAGCACUGACGCCCCACUCUCCAAGGCAAUGGUCUUGCCAGGAACGGUCCAUGAAGUCUCCUUCCGUAUGAAACUAGAGGAUGGCGAUGAUGGAAUCUUGUUUCUACGUCUGGCCAGACGAAAAGGAUACAUUGCCAGUCGUCGUGGUCGUACGCGACAGGAGCCAUUGGUCAAGGAUGUCACGGACGAAAUUCAUGCCUCCAAGACGGAACAAAGUCAUGCAGACGAUGCAGCCACUAAUGUAUCCGUGCUGUCGGUAUUUUCCGCAUCGGUUCCGUCGUCGACGGCGAGGAAUCCCAAUCGGCGCCAUCGACCACCGAGACGACGCCAGAAGACUACCAAGGCAGACCUGCGCCACGUUCAUGGUCCUGGAAUCUCGUCCAUUACAACGGCGCGUACGAGGAAUCAUGAUCCAACCAGUCUAUCUGUUCCAUCCCUCUCCUCGGACAGACUCCAAACUCCUUCCUCUAAUGUAUCAUUGCUCUCAGAUGACUCCAUGUUGGGAUUGGAUCCACAGCAACAACAAUCGUUUUCCUCCCACGAAAAUCCCCACACCAACAAAUCGGGCGCCUUAUCGCCCGAUCGAUCUGUCGCUCGCUCCACUAAGAGCAACAUUAGUUUCCCCCCUCAACCGCAGCAUGCGACAUUCUUUCUCAUGAGGGUCACAGCACCUCGAGGGCUGCGCAUUUUGGAUGCACCUCAUUUUCAAGUCAACAACCUCAUUCAUGGAACUACCACCAACAGCACUACCCAACAACAGUCUUGCUCGGAUGGCCUGACGGCGAACAAGGGACAGCAUCACCUGUUUCACACCAUGGCUGGACGGAUUGCCACCACCAAUCCGGCAGAGAACUCUGUGGUGUUUGACUCGGUCACCAAAACAAGGACCCUCCCACGAGGAGCCGUCUUUGAAGCCUCGAAACGCAUGGAAACAUCCAAUGCGCUGUUUCAUCAGGGUGCUGGAUUGAUCAAAUUGGCUGACAAUAGUGGUUGGGCCAUUGUCCCACACCGAGAAGAACUAGAGCAUCAGUUCCGCACCAGCGAUGGCGGUCGGCAAAAGAACAUGCGAGCCUAUGAAGAAAUUGGCAACUGCAUUGUAUUUGGGGAAGAUGUCACGGACGACGUGUGGAUGCGUGUUCUGUCGAGAGCUGGAGCCCAGAUUGUGUGCGCCCCUCCUCCGGUUCCGCUCAACAAGGAUGGGAGCCCCGGGAGUAGCCCAGGGUCAUCACCUCCUGUCAGCCCCGACAAGGACAACAACCCGAAUGACCACCCGGAUGUCGGCAAGAGUGAUUCAGGUUCCGAUGUGGCCUCGUCUGUAGGCAGCUCCUUUUUGGAUGCUAUGUUUCGAGCUAAAAAUCGAUCAGAAGCUGAUCCUACAAACACUGUCGACAAGGGAAAAGACCAGGCUGCCGAGAAGCCGCAGUUCACAAGCAGCACUAUCCCUUGUGGCAUUUGCGUCCGAGUGGAGCCCCAAAUUCCCACUGAUCAAAACCGUAAUGUUCCUCCUGAGUACGCUAGGCUUCGUGGUGGGCAGGGUUGGCUUCCCCUGUUCGCAAACGGCAAGCCCACUUGCAUUGUCUGCCCACGCCGCAAUCCACCUCAGUCUCGAUUUGGUUCUUUUUGGUUUCGCGUCCAUUCCAAACGAGGCAUCAAGGUCCGCUUGGGUCCCUCGAAAAGAGCUCCGUCUAUCAAGUCCAACGACGGGGUCUACUUUCGUUUCGAAUGCGGGGAAUUUCUUCGUGCGUCAGAAGUGAUGACAGUCUACUUUGAGGACAACAAUGGGAGAACUCUGUCUGAAUCAUUUGCUAAGCUAUACCGCAAUCGACACGUUCGUCUCAACACAGCAAACGAAGGCCAGUCGGAUUUCAGACACCUUGCCAGUUUGACGGCUCAAGCUGAGUGGGUUCAAAUCUUUGACGAAGAAAAGGACGAGUGGUUCCUGCGGGAGUGUAAGACUGGACCGCCUCGGAUUGAAAGGAACAAACAACAAGGCUGGCGCUAUCAAAUUGCGAUCAGCGCAGGGCUGCCUAUUCGAAAGGGCCCAUCAUUCGACUCCGAGGCGACCGGUAUGUAUGUAGCCGAGGGGGAAACCGUUGUGAUCAUUGAACGCGUCACCAGCGCGGAAGAAGACGGAGUGACUUGGUUGCGAUUGAAAGAGGGUCAAGGAUGGCUCCAUAAUGUCGACAAGAAAACGAAGGAAAAGCUGGUGAUUCCUCAUUCGUUCCGUCAUCGAACGAAAGCAACGAAUACACGUCCUUCCAAACCUCGUCGAAUAGAAGCACAUUGUGGCGAUGACAAACACCAGCAAGUUGCCUACAACACCAUCAUUGCUCGACUCUUUCACAACGAUCUCCCGAACGACCAGCAUCCACCAAGCUAAUGGCUCUUGACGCAGUACUAUAGAUAUGUACAGCAAAGACUUUUCCCUUCCCGCAUGCAAAAUGACCUUGUCAAGCUAGCUAUACAACGCUUAACCUAAGUUAUGGACUUCCUAUCCUCUAGUCAGCUCUCCCUUCCACAA